UGGUUUCAUUUACAGUCAACCAAUCUUUUGAAAUCCAGCUUUCAGUGCUUGCCUCUGCGCUGUCAUGGUUCAUAUCGGCAGCCUCCUUCAGGAUCUUAAUUAGUUAAUUAAUCGUGUGGUGGCGUUAAAGAUGACUGGGGUCUGGGGCCUGGCUUCUCUGUGGAUUGCGGUCAUCACACAGACUGGGUUUGUCUGCAGUGACAUGCGCUUCAUCGAGCGGCAUGAGGGUGAAUCUGUGGUUCUUCCCUGUGUGGCUGAUGAGAGGAAACCUUCGCCCUUUGGUGUCUACCUGAGACGCAGGUGGCUGGAUCCCAGGAAGGUGUUGUUCAAGCACACGGGAAGUGAGUUCGUUUUGGGCAACAAUGCUGACAAAAACCGCACCAGUGUCAGCGGAGAUCCCAACCUGCACUCCCUGAACGUGACCAUCUCCCAGCUGAGGGCCGCCGACACAGACCGAUACUACUGCGAGUUUGUUGUGGGAAAUGAUGCCUCUGAAGAUCAAUUCAUCGAGGGAAAGACUGAAUUCUUACUCCUUGUUACUGCUGACGCCCCCGGGUCUGUGGACAUGGAGCUGGUAGAGACGUGUUCCGGGGGCUCGGCCGUGCUCCCCUGUCUCCCCCCACACGGGGAAGGCUCUGCCGUGGAGGGGGUGAGCCUAAAGAGGCAGAGGGCCCGUUCACCCGUGGAGGUGUUGUACCACUCGAAGCAGCACCACAGCAGCAGCAGCAGCAGCAGCAGCAGCGUGUCUCACUUCUCCGCUGACAGGGUCCACUUGUCCACGGCGCCGGGCCCCAGCGGCAUCACCUACCAGCUGACCCUGCAGCAGCUGCAGCCGGACGACAGCGCCCUCUACAGCUGCCAGCUGCUCCUGCGCGGCAGGCCUGACGGCAGCGCCAGUCUAGGCCGGCGAGUGUUCUUUGUGUCCGUGCAAGGUGAUCAGUGCGGCUGCUCCAGCUACUCCUCUCUGCUGUACGCUUUGUCCUCAGCUGUGGCCGUCCUCCUCCUCCUCCUGCUCCUCGCUGGAUGUGUGCUGAUUUACAAAGGCAAAGCACGCCGCGGUGUCAAGUCACACCCUCAGGCCCCCAUCUACGAGGAGAUGACUGGGAUGCAGCCUCUCAGCCGCAAAGCAGCUUCUCACCGGCUGGAAGAAAUGGAGUCUUCAGAAUACAGGAACUGCCCAGUGACGAAAUCCUGCCCUGAGAACUAUUAUGAAAGACCCACCGGGGGCCUCUGCCCCAAGAAAUGAAAUGUUUGCUUUACCUGCCAGCGUCGUGACAACUUGUCAACUCCGCUGCCUCAAACUCACUGGACUAGUGCUAGCUUCAGAAGUUUCUUCAGCUGUUUAUUUUUUUGUUUGUUUUUAUCAGCUAAGGUUCUCUUUUUAUUCUCAUGUAUAUGGAUUGUUUGCUAGAGGGUCAUUCCAUCUCAUAGCAGCAAAUUUAUAGAACUAUUUCUGCUCAACAAUCUCUGAUUUGCCUGAAAAAUUUAUAGCAUAAAAUGUGGAUAUUUCUAUCAAAUAUUUGCGAAUUGCCGAUUGACCCGCUUUCAGCAUGUUUUUUCACACAUUCCAAAGUUUUUCGGCUAUAUUUGACCCAAUAAAGAAAAAAAAUGUCACUGGUAUUUCUCAGAAUACCAUUGAUUCAGAAUCUGCAAUACUGGACAAACAGGUCAAACAAUCUCUAGUUAUCGGUGAGUUUAUAUAUUUUAAAAAUGCAGCUGUUGUGAAAAGUCCAGGCUUUGAGCUCAUAUUAACAAAAACCUGUUCAUGCAUAAGUCAACUACUGACACUUUCUGAAUAUGUAGCUAUAUAAUACAAGAAUAACACAAAACAACACACAGAUAGAAGAUAGCCGGAUCCGGUCCGUGUACGGAUCUGGUAAUUGGAUUUUCCGUUCUGAAACGGGUAUUGAAAAAGUGUGGUUAUUUGAUUUUCGUUUUAAAAUGUGAAAAUAAAAAUUGAAAUACAAGGCGUUUUUCCUUUUCAUGAUCAAAAAAAGGGAUAUACGAUUUCUUUUUAAAAAUGCUUUGAUUUUCGUUUUAUAUUUAGAAUAACAAGAAAGUAAAAUCAGUAAGAGACAGAAACGAAAAAAGGUCAAUUUUUUUCAUUUUCCGAGACCGGAAGUGGUCAUCAGCAAGUGUGGAGCCAAACGACAACAAGAUUCUCAGAGGGCGGAGCCAGAGAGCAGUGACUGGUCAGACCAUAGAUAAUAUAGAAGACAGCGCGCUAGUAUCUAGUCUGCUGUGUAUGUCUAUGGUCGGCACGUCUGGUAGCAUCUCUGGCUGCUGUUGAUCUUGUUUUUGGAGUAAAACACGGUAAGAAGAUAAAUACUUUUAACCUGUAGCGUUGUUUUGUUGUACGUUAAGUCAGCGACUUGUGAAGAGUUGUGUUUUGUCGUGUUUGUGCAGUUGGUCCGGACGCGUUAGCUAGCUAAGCGGCUAAGUUAGCUAGCGGGCUAAUUAACACAGGUGGCUAACUUACCAUUGAACACCUGUGUUAGUUGCUGCCACAGCUGUCCGUCAUUAGUAGAAUGACCUUCUCAACCUGUAUUUCUCUGCUGUGUAUUUUAGCUUUCAAAGUUAUUUUACUUUAAGGUUAACUGAGACCUAUUGAGCUGCACUGAAGUUUAACAUUCAGCUGGUUUGAAUUAAACCGCGCUUAACUUAACAUUGUGCAACAUUAGCUCUCUGAAUCUCCAUAAUUUCAUUAAAUUCCUUCUCUCUUCCACUGCUCAAGUUCAAUCCAAUAUAUAAAAUGACAUUAAUAGUGAAUAAACUAACAGCCAGCCAUUGUAUUUAUUUAUUAUUGCAUGUAUUUGUAGUAAAACAUGAGUUGAAACAUCCUACUUUUGGAUCUAGAACUGCACAAGCCGUUCAUUUUCAGUCACCUGACGAGGUAAACUCCCCUUUUUAUGUGAGGCUGAAGCAGAAAGUCUGAGUUAACAAAGAGAGUUGUUUAUAAUUUGUGAUACCUGUUAUCUCUGACUGAGGCUUUAGUUUUAGUUGAGCUGAUUUACACGUAGAAACUUUGUUCAGGAAGAUUUCUCAGUAGCUCAGACGACAGGCUGCUUUUUACACAACCUUGUAAGAGAAUGUCUGUCAAUGCUUUCAGCAGAAUUUAGAAACACAACACUUCCUAAACAGAUAUUUUGAGGCUGUGAGGUUGAACGUUUGAGAGUAUAUCAGUAUGUGUUAUUGUGGUCUUUCUGUUUCUAGGUGGAAGCUGAAUUAGUGAGGAAGACUCCUGCUCCUGUCAUCUCUAAGCUCCUCACACAUCUUUACCUGCACAUGAGGAAAAUCACUCCUGUAGAAUGCAGAUGUUCAGAGGGAGAUGAUGCCACAUCUGGUCCAGCUGAUGGAAGGUCUUGAAGUUCUCUGACUGGCCUCGACUGAAGAUGGUCGUCUCACUGGAUUUAAGGUUCAGAUGCUCAGUAACAAACUCCACCAAUGUGCCAACAGGGAAGCUUUAGGUUUAUUAAAUGUUGCUAUGAAGGUUUCGCUGUUUUUCUUUGUGAAUGCAAUGUGCUCCAACUGAAACUUGAAUUAGAACUUAGAAGUAAAUCCUUCCAUCUGAAAGGAUUUAGUUGCAUUAAUAACCUCAUAACAUUCUAAUUUUUAUUCCAGUCUUGGUUGGAAAUAGAAUCUCUGUAUUGAUUCAGGUAAAAACUGAACUUCACAGCAUGUUGGAGCAAAACAACCAGAUGAAAACUGUGAUGGUGUUGGAUUGUCAGACCGUAAUGUUGCAGCUCAAAGCAGCUUUUCUAUCUCAGUUCAUUCUGACAUUCAGCUAUGAAUCAACACAGCAGAUGGUGAUCCAUGCUGUGGAAGUCUCACAUCUCCUGAUUUAAUGGAGCUGCUUUGCACUUUUUACACUGUUUAUUCACCAACACUUUAUUUAAUAAAAGUCCCAUCUAGUUUUUAUGAGGAAUGUGAUGUUUUAAUUUCUCUGUGAAUAACUGCAGUCUAAUGCAACAGCUGGAGUUGUAACAUCUGUCCUGAUAUUGAUCAUGAAGUAUUGAUCAGAAUACUUAUGGUCAGCAGUCAUCCCUGAAGUUUUACAUUAAAAUCUUUACUUGUGUUGUGAACUUUGGUAAGAAGCAGAAACGUUAGCGUUGCCAUGGAUACAUGAGUGUUAAAUUCUGUCCAUGUUUCCAUUUUGGGAAAUUCAGUCCAGUUCCAGAAUGUGGAGGAAUUUAGUCUCACAAUCACAGACAACAAAUAUUAUCUGAAAGUCGGGUUAUUGUUGUUUAUCAGCACAAUACAAAAAGAUUAAUGUUAGAAAUAUUCCAGUUAAGACUCUAGAAUAUCAUGAUUUAUGUAAAUUUACCUCAAUAAUAUGAAUGUUCCGGUUAAGAUUGAACAGUGAUAUUUAUUAUGUAAGUUUAGCUGAUUAAAGUUUAUGACUCUGCACUAAAAUAUUACUUAAAUUGACAUCAUUAUUAUAAUAUUUAGGGUCAGACCCUACAGUAUUGAAAUUAAGAAAUCAAAUAUUCUAUAAAAUGUAAAUACACUGAACUCAUUUGGAUAUAUUUAAGUGAGACUCUACAAUAUUAUUUGACACAAAUCUAUCUAAAUCAAAAUUUUAAUCAUUGUUACUCCAAGCAUUUACUGGACUGAUUUAAAUAUUAAAAUCACUCCUUUCUAAUCCUCUGCUGUACGUUCAAACCUGAGGCCUUAAAUAGAAACACACAAGUAUCUGAUUGAAGGAACUUCUGCAGAGUCCUGGUUCCAGAAGAUGAUGAUAGAAUUAUAGACAAACUUUAACAAAAGCUGCCUGAGAGUUUACAGGUUUUUAUGUUAGAUUUCUUCAGUAAUUUAAUGAGCGUUAUCAGCAAUAAUCAAGUGUUCAUUUGAUGAACUUCAUUUCCUAAAACAUCCAGAAUUGGAGCUCAUAUCUUUGGCAGCUGUAAAGUUUCUGCUCCUUCAAAGUUCACAACACAAUGAAUGAAUUCCUAAAACUCUCUCAAUGCUGGACAGCGUUUGUGAUGCUGAAGCAGUGAUCAGUUUUUCUGUUUCUUCUCUGGAGAUGCACAAUGAGGGACGUCUGCAGAGACUGAGAAAGAGUCUCACCACAUCCUGACAUGAGGAAAAAGACUUUAUUGAAGACUACAAUGAGAAAAACUAUCAGACAGCAGACGGCUGCAUUCAAGGUGAGCUCUGAACAUUUGAUCUGGAACAGGAAUUCAAUAACGGCAGCAUGAGCUUCAUUUCAGUCUGUAGCUGCUGAAUUCAUGGAUGAAUCAUCUGGCACUAGAGAGGAAGACCAUCAAACAUCCACGUCAGCUGAUGGAGGUCCAAGAGUCUCACCCAACAAACAACCUACAGAGUGAAGACCUCGAAUCUGAUUGGACGGCCUCCUAUUCAGCCACAUGUGUGAACAAAUGCCUCUAAGCUGAUUUGUUUUCUAAAAUAAAUCUAGUUUGAGUCCUAAUCUAUGCCUGUGUGUUUGCUUCUUUACACCGCUGUUAACAGUUUAGGCUGUUAGAUUGUUCCAGAUAAGACAAGUACAAGAUUCUUCAGAGCCGUUCUACCACGAGCCUGACAGGAAGAACUCCAACAGCUACUGAAUGUUCCUGUGGUCCCCUCAAGGCUACAGGAGGAGCCCUACGAGGACGAGCCGGUCCACCUGAUGGCGGCCAGUCGCUGCGGUUCAAAGCCAACACCGACUACGUGGACUUCUACUGGACCACAUGGAGGCCUUCAAACCAGACCAACAAGUUCAGCGACUCCCCGACUCGUGGGUCUGAGGACGCCGCCGAGCCUCGGUCCAGCCGGCCUCCUGUCUGUGGGUGUUUGAGUGCUGAGAGGUUUGUGGAUGGAUGUGAACGUGUCUGUGUUGAAACAGCAGCUUUGGACUCAGUAACGCUGGGAAAAACCAAGAGCUCCUUUAUUUGUGACUUCCACUAAAAUACUGAUGAUAAUAAGUUUGCCAGGGUUCUGACUGAUAACAGAUUAUUAAAUAAUGAAAAUAAUCAUUUAAAUAUUCCUUUAAACAAUCCUUUUAGGUCUACAUUUCCUUUACACUGACUUCUUGGUAUUUUGGGUGGAAUAUACAAUUAAGCCAGACGUUCAAGGGUUCUUCUGGGAAUAUACCAUUAAACCAACCUUUUAGGUAAAUGUUCCAGGAUGUUGGGUAGAAUAUACCAUCAGAUCAACCUUUUAGGUCUAGAUUGGAAGAUUUUAGAGUACAAUAUUACUCCAAAUCAUCCUUUAGGUCUACAUUUAAGGUGGAAUACUUCUAUACACCAAGAUUUUUUGGUCUACAUUGAAGGAUUUUUUCUAAACCGCCCUUUCAGGUCUAUAUUUGAGGUUUUAGGUGGAAUAUUCCUUUUAACCAGCCCCUCAGGUCUCUUUGAGGAUUUUGGAUGGAAUACUCGGUUAAACCAACAUUUUAGGUCCAUGUCCAAGAAUUUUUGGUGGAAUGUUCGUUUAAGGUGGAUGUGUGAGGAUCUUGUAGGUGGAAUACUUCCUGAAACCAAGCUUUUAGGUCAACGUUCAAAGAUUUAAGGUGAAAUAUUCCUUUAAGUCAACCAAUCAAUUUCAUGUUUUGAUCAUUAUCAAGUGAGAAACCUCAAUCCAGACUCCUCAUAAUGAUGUUUGAGAUUCAUGCUGGUGUUACUUGUUUAGUCCAGACUAAAUGACAGAAAUCCACAACUGUAAUUUUAUUUCAGGACUCGGUUAUUAAAUGUCAAAACAAUCCAUGUGACUCUAAAAACUCAACAGCUGUACAAACUCUAAGAUUAAACUCUCCACAAGGAUCCAAAAUAAGUUGGACUUCUACAUGAGAGCUUUAAUUAUUCUUCAUCUACUUCCUGAAAAGUUUGGUCAAUAAAAAAGACAAAAACUAAUAUUUUCAGCUGAACUAAAGACAGACUUUGUGAUUUUUCUGCUCACAUGUUGUGUUGUUGUAAACUUCCUCUUUCAAAUAAAUAGCCACCUAACCCCCUGGAAA